AUGACACUAUCUUCUGACCCAGACCAAGUCCAAGAUUUUUGCAUCCCAAGCACCGACCCAAUCCUAGGCCCCUGCAAGAACCCCCGAUUAGUCACCCCGGACGACUUCAUAUUCUCCGGCCUAAAAAACCCGCCCGACAAAAAUUUCACCGACACGGGCCUCUCGGCCUUUCCGGUCACGGCAGCCACUUUCCCGGGCCUCAACACGCUCGGCAUGUCCUUCGUGCGGGCCGAGCUCGAGCCCGGGGGCAUGAACCCCCCACAUUUCCAUCCCCGGGCCACCGAGACCGUGUAUGUUCUCCAAGGAAGGGUGUACUCUGGCUUCGUGGACUCGACCAACCGGGUUUUCGCGAAGGUCGUCGAGAAGGGCGAGGUCAUGGUUUUCCCGAGAGGGCUUGUGCAUUUCCAGAUGAACGUCGGGAAAGGGCGGGCCGUGGUUUUCGGGUGUUUUAACGGGCAGAACCCGGGGGUGAUGAAGAUUCCGAACGUGCUGUUUGGUUCGGGGAUUGACGACGGGCUUCUGGAGAGGGCUUUCGGGCUGAGCAUUGAUCAGAUUUCAAGGAUUAGGAGGAGAUUCUUGCCCUGA